AUGUCAGAAGUACAACUAAAAACUGAAUCGCAAAAAAAAAUUGGGAUGAAUAGUUGGUCGCUAAUGCAAGUCGAUGACUUGAUGAAGUUUUUAAUUUUAGAUCCAUAUUUGGGUUUUACGAUUCGUAAAAUCCACCCAAUUAAUAAUUUUACACAACAUAAUAAAAUAGCAGUUGAUAAGAUCAUUUUCAAGAAUAUGUUAUGGAAUGAAAAGGAGAUUAAUAAUGUUUCACAAUCUCUAAAAACAUUACUCAGUCAGCAAAAUUUAUAUUACCAUUUCAAUAUAAAAUAUUCUACUUGGGUUAAUGAGGCUAUACGAUUUUACCUUCAAACAAUUUCAAUUCAAUCUCCAGUAAGAAUUGAAAAAUGUAGCACAUAUAAGAGUGAGAAUAAUGGGCUCAAAGUUGUUGCUAAAAAUGAUAUACCAAAAGGUGUUCAACUAAGAUGCUUAUCAGGUAUAUGUAAAGUAAUGGAUCCUGUAAGAGAAGAGUUGUUGAAGAAAAAAAAUUUUAAUUUCUCAAUCAUUGAAUGUUCAAGAUUGAAAAAUCCUGUUCUCAUGUUAGGAACAGCAGCCUUUUUGAAUCACGAUUGUCAACCUAAUUGCACUUAUUUAGUAUGUUCAAAGAAAUUACUUAUAAUCAAAACAAUUACGGAUAUCAUGAUACGAACAUCACAUUACUAUGGUGAGAAUUAUUUUGGACAAAAGAAUAAAAACUGUGAAUGUUACACAUGUGAAAAGAAUGGAAUUGGAUUUUUUGCAGAAGAAUUAGAAAUUGUAAAUAAUGUUAACAAUGAGCCUGUCAACCUAAUAGUUAAUAAAGAUUUAUUAACACCAAGAAAAUCUAAUUUGAACGAUAAAAAAAUUAAUUUCCAAGCCUCUACAAGUAUUAAGGAAUUGACUAGUCCAUCUGGUGUAAGUUUGAUUUCUCAUAGUAAUAAUGUAAAUGGGGACAGCUCCAAUAUAUACAAUAAUAGAUUAGAUGUUGCAUUACCUCUUACAUACGAGAAAACAAAAUUGGAACAUUUUAAAAUGAUAGAUAAAGAUAUAAAUAAUGGCAGUAGUAUGGAAACUAUUUGUUGUGUGAAACUCAGCUCUUUACAAAAUAAUAACUCGCUAAUUGUCAUGACAGAUUAUAAACUAAAUAGUGCAUACAUAUGA